CAUUCAAGUCAAUGUAGCCAUAAACCCUUGUGAAUUGAGAAGAACGAUGGCAUUUGCAAUAGCAUUGAUGAUCACUGCAAUGGUAGUCUGUUGCACCACCAAUAGCAUACUAGUCUCAGCUUGGGAAGAACCAGCACAAGUCAUUCACGUGGUUGGAAAAGUGUUGUGCCAGGAUUGUAGCAAGGGAUGGAACGAAUGGGUUUCUGGUGAUAAGCCAAUUAAAGGAGCUAAGGUGUCACUAACAUGUAUGGACAAGAGAAACAGGGUUAUGUAUUAUACAAGUGACACAACAGAUGAGUUAGGACUAUACGACAUUACAGUGGACAAAUACAAAUACGGCAAAAAGUUGGAUACAAAAGGUUGCUAUGUGAGGUUAGUGUCAUCUCCUGAUAAUGUUUGCAACAUUCUCACUGACUUUGGUGGUGGAAAAGCUGGUUACAAACUCAACUACCCAACAUCAGUGUAUCGUGGUUUGAUUAAAUAUAUGGUUACCCCUUUUUAUUAUACCACUCCUAUGUGUGAGAUGCCUGAUACUGAUACCUACGAGUCUGAAGCCAAAGUUCCCAAAGAAGAAAGAGAAGGGGGAUAUUAUUAGUGUGAAUGUUCUACUUGUCAUGAAUCAGAUUAUGAUUAUUCCCUUUCCCAUUUUAUUAAAUUUUGUAACAGAUUGUAUCAACUUUAUUUGAGGAAAAAUGUCAACAUGCAAUGUUCCUUCAUACAAUCUAUGUUGAAUGUUUUUUUUUUACUA